UCUUCUUUGUUAUGGCAUGACAUGCAGUUUUUUGGUUGGUAUUGUGGGUACUGGAACGAUUGGGAACUAACUGCCGCCCAAAGUCUCCCGUUGGAUCCGGACCACACGUCGUUCGCCGCGCCGCUCCCACCGCCCGGGGAAAUACUUCGGUGCGUCGACGAGGAAGAGAGGACUCAACUUGCCGCCGCCUCCCUCCCUCCCUCCCUCUUCUACGACUUGCCGCUCGCUGUCCUGUGGCCGGGCAGGGAGAGGGGAGUGGGAGGGGAAUAACCAGCCUCCUCCGUUCCGUUCGUACCCGCGCGCGUCGGAUCUCCUCCAGUGCGCGCGUCGCUCUCUCCGACCACAACCCCCCCGCGAUGACGGUGUAGAGGCGACGCGUCCGAUCGGAUCCCACAGGUGUGUCCAUGCAAACUGAGCCACACACACACACACACACACACACACCUGGAGGAGACCAUGUGACUCGGCACCUGGGCGUGGAGAAAGUCCCCGAUACCUCAACCGGAGACUCUUUUGUUGAGGACUUCUCCGUGUGUCGCGUUUCAACGGGAAUUGACAGUUCGCCGUGGGCCAGUUUGUUUCCCCUCUCCUCACGGAAUGGUGCCUUUUUGUGAAAGCCGUCUGCGCCGGGGUGGAACGUGAACUUGCUUUCGGACUUAUUCCCCUUCCUCCUUGUCCGCGACGAGGUUCCUUCGGGAGGCGCCUGGACUGUUCGCCGCGGGCGCAACUCCUCUCUCUUCGCUCCUCUUCCUCCAAGAGCCUGGGCCCUUAAUGAAGCUGGGGGUCAGCGGCAGUGUGCGGCUAAUUGGCCAAGUUUGCCCGGGGCUCCGGCUGCCUGUGAUUGAAGUGUCCAGUGAGGGCCCGCUGUGCGGCCGCCGCUGCACCCUGCUCCGUUCCACUCCGACAGCCAAGACGCUCACUGCAUCCUCGCCUGCCUCCCCCUAAGAUGGCAAGCUGGGUCUCCCUUCUCCUCUUCCUUUCCUGCCAAUCGAUCUCUGGAGCCCAGGAGAAGAGUAGCAACGUCCACGUCUCGGAGUUCACCUCGGAGACCCCCAUCAACAAUGUGGUCCAGGACCCCCAGACUGGUCGCAUCUACCUGGGAGCAGUCAACACCAUCUUCCAGCUUGGGCCAUCGCUCCACCUGGAGGCUCGUACUGAGACGGGCCCCAAAGAGGACGCCCGGACCUGCACACCCCCUGCUUCAGCCUGCCAGGACACGAAGCUCAUGCCCAACCUCAACAAGCUCCUGCUGGUCAACCCAUCCAACGGCACCCUCAUAGUCUGUGGCAGCCGCUACCGAGGCAUCUGCUCCCUGCUCAACCUGACCAACGUGGAGCAGCAGCUGUAUUACAGUGACAGUAAAGGAGAGAGGACUUACGUGGCGAGCAUAGAGGACAACGUGAACGUGGUGGGUGUCAUGUCCACCUACUCAAAAGAUAGACACACCUUCAGCGUGUUUCUUGUUGGGAAGGGCUACGGAAGCCUGGACAGUACAAAACUCAUCAGCACACGAAUCCUUCAGGACUUCCGGGAAUGGGUCGUUUUUGAGAGCAUCAUUGAGGCGUCUACGGUGCAGACCACGCCGUUUGUUCCCAAGUAUCUGCACGACUUCCGACAUGCCUUCAAAGAGGACGGCUUUGUUUAUUUCCUCUUUUCGCGGACACUCGAUGGUACAGACAAUAAAAACUUGACCUUUGUGUCUCGUCUUUGCGAAGACGAUCAUCACUAUUAUUCCCACACAGAACUCCAGUUAAACUGUGGUCGUCAUAACCGAUACAACAAAGUCCAAGCUGCAUAUGUGGCUUCUCCGGGAAAGGAGUUGGCGCGGGUCAUGACUGAAUCUGGUUCGUAUGGGAAGGUCGUCCCCUGGAACAAAGUUCUGUUCGUGGUGGCGAGUCCCGAUGAUGACGACAGUGACUCUGCCCUCUGCCUGUACCCGCUCAACUCCAUCAAUGAGCGACUUGUGGAUAUUAUCAGCGCCUGCUACAGUGAUUCAGGGAAAAUCUCUGGGUUUCCCGCUGUGGACAUCCCCUACUCAUCUAAAACGGAUGAAUUCUGCACGUCAAAAAUUGCAAAGGAUACGUUGGAAAACUUUAAGUGUGGUGCAGACUUUCUGCCUUCCCCUCUGGCCAGCAAGCCAAAAUUUGCCUUAGAGCCAGAAGCAGUGUUGACGAAGUCGGGCCUUCUGACCGCCGUGGCUGUCGCUGUGGAGAAUGAUCACACCAUUGCCUUCUUGGGGAACAGCCAGGGCGAGGUCUUCAAGGUACACCUGGCGGCGGAGCCAUAUGUCUACAGCAAGACUCCUGGUGACACUGUGGGAGAGAAGGUCAACAAGAACCUUUUCUUUGACCUCAGUCACAGCCAUCUCUACAUUACCACCGACAAAAAGAUCACCAAGGUGCCAGUGCAGACGUGCCUCCAAAAGACAGACUGCCAAUCAUGCGUGGAACUGAGGGACCCCUACUGUGGCUGGUGUGUCCUAGAGGGCAGGUGUACCAGGAGGUCUGAGUGCCGACGGGCAGAGGAGAAGAAUGGCUGGCUGUGGAGCCCCAGGCAGCAGUGUGUCAAGAUUGUCUCCUUCUAUCCCCCGAACCUCUCCUGUAAAAAGACUCAGAAGGUGCGGAUAAACAUCCCAUCCCUUCCAACCAUCGGACUCUCUGACCGUCUGCACUGCACCAUCGAGUCUUUCCACAGUGAAGGAAGCAUGUCCGACACUGGUCAGGUCUCCUGCGAUCUGCCCCAACCCUCACUUAUACCACAAACGCCGGAGGGCCAAGACUUUGUGGCCGUGGCCAUGAAGAUUUUUGUCAAUGAGACGGUGGAGCUGGCCAAGCGGGAAUACAAAUUCUAUAACUGCGCUGCCACAGUGAGGAAAUCUGAAAACACACCAUGCAUGUCAUGUGUGGCCAGUCAGUGGGGCUGCCAAUGGAACAUAUUCGACCACACCUGCAGCGACAUGGACGACGGCGGUUCGGGUCCCGGCUUCAUCAAGCACCGUCAGGGAGCAAAGUGUCCUCAGUUUGAGAAUCCAGAUCCCGUGCUGAUUCCCGUGGGCUACAAGACUCAGAUCAGCGUCGAGGGGAUCAAUUUGGAACUCUACCAGGGUCACGUUUUCACCAUCGGCACUGAGCUCAUGAGAAAUGUGGAGGAAGAGGUCAAUAUCGAGAACGGGCUGUUCUAUACCUUCAGCGGCUUCAAUUUUUCCUACGAUAAGUCACCGGAGACCAAUGUUCUUUUCUACGUGAAGGACAAGGAGUCGGGCAAGAAGAUGGACAGCACGCUGAACGUCACUCUGUACAACUGCUCCAUGGGGAGGGAGGACUGCAGCCUCUGUAAGAACGCCGACCCAAAGUACAGCUGUGUGUGGUGCGCCAAGCAGAGGGCGUGUGUGUAUGAGAAGCUGUGCAAUUCACAACACGGCAUCGAGUGUCCCGACCCCCAGAUCACCGACAUCAUCCCUCGUUUCGGACCCAUGCUGGGCGGCAUCUCCAUCACUAUCCGUGGCUCCAACCUUGGCAUCCACAGGAAAGACAUUAAAAGCAUCACCGUGGUCGGAGAGCCCUGCAUCCAUCAGGAGGAGAAGUACUCUGUCUCCACGAGCGUGGUGUGUGAGAUUGGCCCUGUUGACCAUAGGAGAAAACACUGGGGCCAGGUGGAGGUGGAGGUGAAGGGGGGGAAGAGAGGAACAUCCUCCAUAUACUUCACCUACAGGGACCCGAUUCCCGAGGCAGUUGCGCCGACGAGGGGUCCUAAAGCGGGGGGCACCCUCAUUGCAAUUUCUGGGCCAUUUCUGGAAACAGGCAGUAAGGAGGAUGUCCAGGUUACCAUUGGAGGGGUGGAAUGCGCUGUGGAGAAUUUCGGAGAAGAGAUCACCUGCAGGACGGGAGAAUAUCGCGCAGAUAAGGUGCCCUCCGACCCUCUCACCGUCAUGGUGAAGUACGGAAGGAGUACCACAGCAGCCAUUCCAAAUGCCUUCCAGUUCUUGGAGAAUCCCGUUGUGCUGGACCACCACCCCAAAGGAAGCUUUGCCUGUGGAGGCAGGAACAUUGUGGUGACCGGCUCCGGUUUUGACCUGAUCCAGUCUGCCGUUAUGAUGGUCCGAGGAGACAACUCAACAACCUUUGAGAACGCCCGCGAGAAGAACGACACAGUCAUCCAGUUUCAGUCUCCAGCGAUGAACAACUCCCUGAACCAGCACUUCAGAACCUACAUCCAACUGGACAACUGGGUGAAGGAACUGAAGCCCUUCGACUACCACCCCGACCCCUCCUUCAACGAAGUGACGAAGAAGGUCAUCACCGAGGCCAGCAUCAUCAUCGUCACUGGUCGGGGAUUCUCCAAAGCUAUGACGGCCAAGGAGGCUCAAGCGUUCGUGGGCGAUGUUUCUUGUCUGGUCAACACGCUUCAGGAUGACAAGCUGUUCCUGGACCCACCGUCCACCCCGCCCCGCGCUCGCUCCAGACGACACCGCAGAGACACCCGACCAGAGCUGCUGGAUCUUAUGAUCAAGUUCGGGAAGGGAGAGUGGGUGGUCGGCUCGGUGCGAUACGAGAGUAAGAAUGAAUCCUCACUCUACAUCAUCAUCCCUGCUGUCAUUGUGCCCAUGCUGAUGAUCAUCGCUAUCUCUCUCUACUGCUACAGGAGAAAGAGUCAGCAGGCAGAGAGGGAGUAUGAGAAGGUGAAACACCAGCUGGAGAAUCUGGAGGAGAGUGUACGCGACCGCUGCAAGAAAGAAUUCACAGACUUGAUGAUCGAGAUGGAGGACCACACCAACGAGCUGAGCGAGGGACGAAUCCCCUUCCUCGACUACAAGACCUACACGGAACGCGUCUUCUUCCUGCCUUCUAAGGAUGGUGCCAACGAUGUGAUGAUCACGGGGAAGCUGGACAUCCCAGAGGCACGGAAGGCCAUCGUGAGCCAAGCGCUCAACCAGUUUUCCAACCUCCUGAACUCCAAGACCUUCCUCAUUAAUUUUAUCCGUACCCUGGAGCGCAGUCAAGACUUCAACGCCAGGGCCAAGGUGUACUUUGCCUCACUGCUGACAGUGGCUCUGCACGGCAAGCUGGAAUACUACACCGACAUUAUGAGAACACUGCUGCUGGAGCUGAUGGAGGAAUACGUCCACAGCAAGAACCCCAAGCUCAUGCUGCGCAGGUCAGAGACGGUGGUGGAGAGGAUGCUGUGUAACUGGAUGUCUAUCUGCCUUUACCAGUUUUUGAAGGACUCUGCAGGCGAACCCUUGUACAAACUGUUCCGAGCCAUCAAGCACCAGAUCGAGAAAGGGCCUGUGGACGCUAGAGUGAAGAAAGCCAAGUACACCCUCAACGACACAGGCCUGUUGGGCGACGAUGUAGAGUACUCUGUCCUGACGUUGCAAGUCCUGGUGCAUGGUGAGGGUCCAGAUGUGACGCCCGUCAAGGUGCUGAGCUGUGACACCAUCUCGCAGGUGAAAGACAAGAUCAUAGAGCAGGUCUACAGGAACCUGCCGUACUCCCAGCGGCCCAAGGUUGACAGCGUCACGCUGGAGUGGCGCCCCGGAUCAACGGGGCAGAUCUUGUCAGAUCUGGACUUAACUUCCCAAAAAGAGGGCAGGUGGAAACGCAUCAACACUCUGGCACACUAUAACGUCCGAGAUAACGCCACAUUAGUCUUGUCCAGAGUGCUCCACACUCAGCAGAACUAUGACCAGAACCAGGAAAACCAUGAAGAGCGAAAUGCUCUGCUGGAAGAUGACAAGGUGUUUCAUUUGGUGAGGCCGGCGGACGAACUGGAUGAGAUCAAAUCUAAACGAGGAAGCAUAAAGGACAAGUCGAUGACCAAAGCUAUUACAGAGAUCUAUCUAACGCGGCUCCUUUCUGUCAAGGGAACACUGCAGCAGUUUGUGGACGACUUCUUCCGCAGCGUGCUGUGCUCCGGGGCAGUGGUGCCACCGGCCGUCAAAUAUUUCUUUGACUUCCUGGAUGAACAGGCACUGAAACACAACAACGUGGAUGAAGAGACCAUCCAUAUCUGGAAGACUAAUAGCCUUCCCCUGCGGUUCUGGGUGAACAUCCUCAAGAAUCCCCACUUCACCUUCGACGUCCACGUGUCUGAAGUGGUGGACGCCUCGCUCUCCGUCAUCGCCCAGACCUUCAUGGAUGCCUGCACGAAGAGCGAGCACAAGCUCAGCCGGGACUCUCCAAGUAACAAACUACUCUAUGCAAAGGAGAUCUCCACCUAUAAGAAGAUGGUUGACGAUUACUACAAGGGCAUUAGGCAGAUGGUACCCGUCAGUGACCAAGACAUGAACACUCAUCUGGCAGAGGUGUCACGGUCUCAUACAGACAAACUGAACACACAAGUGGCCCUCCAUCAGCUCUACCAGUACGCCAGCAAAUACUAUGAUGGGAUCAUUGCAUCUCUCGAGGAGGAUCCGGCUGCCCAGAGUAAACAGCUGACCCUGCGGCUCCAGCAGAUAGCUGCCGCCCUGGAAAACAAAGUGACUGAUCUCUAACCCCCUCGAGUGGAGGGAGGGAGGGAGGGAGGGAGGGGAAUAGUAGGAUACUGCCAGUGACUACGGGGGCUUAUUUCUUCUUUUCAGAGAAUAAAACAUGGAAAUAAGGAAGGGUGAGAAGGGACUUGUGAACUGUAGGUGUAUAUUGUACAACUUGGCCCUUGGACAAUUCGCUGUACUGUGGAGUAAGGUGGACUAAUGAAAUGCAGAGAGAGAGCAAAAAGGGGAAGAAAAUGAUGGGUUACACUGUUAUAGGUACGCCUUAAAGCUAACUUGCCAAACCUUAAAGGUCUGCGCGCUCACUCAUGCUUCACAGAAUAUGGCUCCCACAAUGCAGUGCGGGAGACCCCUCUCUAAGAAUUAAGCCCCUCUGUGGAGCACUGGCAUAGGAGAUAAUCAGAUGUUCAAUUUCUUUCAAUGUAGAAAAGGUUUUAAGAAUUGUAUUAUAUAUUUUUUGUAUCGUGCAGUCUUUAUGCGGAAAGCUUUAUAAGGAGAGAAAAAAUUAUCUUUUUAAAUGGAUCACCUUGUGGUGCGGACAGUGUUUUUAAUCGCCUGUGUGUGCGCGUCAAUGUCUGUGUGAAGUGCGUGUGAGCAAGAGCGUGCAUUGCUGAACUCGUGCGUGUGUGUAUGAAUGUGUGGGAGUGUGUGCACACACAGGAUGCCUACUUUCAGGCGUGAGGGCGACGGGACGCCUGCUUUCUGUCAUUUUAAUCCCCCAUACCCCGUGACACACUGGAGCCUGUGCUCUGAGCUUUUAGACAGAGACCAAAGGGUGCAGGACACUGUGCAUUGCAACAUUAGUUACAGUGCCAGUGUUGUUAUAGGGACGCUGGCUUUCAUAUGAGCCAGUACAUUGCUAGAUGAACCAGUGUCCAAACUGUCCACUGGCUCAUCCAACAAUGUACCGGCUCAUGUGAAAGCCAGGUCACGAGUAGUUUCAGAAACAUUCGAGUUACAUUCUUUGCUUUUGGCUGAGAUUCAGCUUCAAGCUGGAUCGCCAUUUGUGCUCAUGGAUCAACAACAGCACAGUCCGUCUCCCUUUAUUGUACAGUGCCAUGAUACAUUCCACUUCAACUAAAGCACACGGGGGAAGUUUUUUAAGACAUUUCAUUUAAUGAAUGUUUUCAGAUAGUUUUUUUUAUUUGCUAUAAAAACCUUUUCUUAAAAUGUCAGCAAGAAGCAACUUUAUUCUGCCAUGGAGCCAUGUCACUCAUAUUAGCCUUGCAAUAAUGUCAGAAGACCAUGAGCCACAUUUCAACUGUUGCAUUAGCUCACUAAAUGGAUUCACAUUCAGUAGUAAUUCAGCAAUAUGUUACCCGAUUUUCCAAAGUGAUUUAUGCAUUUGUUAGUGUAUAUGAUUUUUGUGCAAUUUUUUUUUUAAUAUUACCCUUAUAAUGCUCCAAAUAAUCAUCAAGCAUUCUGCCAGCUACGAAAGAGCCUAUUGCAUAUGAUGUUAAUAAUCUGCCAGAGAUGCGGUUGGUACUUAAAUGGAACGAUUUGAACAAAUUACAGUGGUUUUAGUCUUUUUGUAUGAUGUCGGGGGGGUGGCCAGGUUCAAUCAUGUACAUAAUUGUUGUAAUAAUUGGAAUAUUGAUAUGUCAGUGUCAGAGCCGAGGUGUUGACAGGGUAGGAAUAUUUUUUCUUGGGCCAUUAAACACGCCGCCACGUUUUAUCCCUAAAUUCCAGUUUUUAUCCUGUUGACAGAUGAUUUAAUUGUUCUCCCUGUAUCUGAUCACGGAUGUGUGUAGCUGACGGAGACCCCAGAAUGUUAACGAUCCUGCCUUGGCUAGAGAGAGGUUUGCACAGACCUCGAGCCUGCCUGCCUGCCUGCCUGCCUGCCUGCCUGCAGUCUCAGCAUGGCACCCUGGCAUCCUGACCAACAGCACUUGGCACUGCCCACUCAGCGCAGUGCAGAGUGGCACUCUGUAUAAUGGAAUCAGCAGGGGAGGCUUUUGAUCUUAAUUGCAUGCCGACUGCAGUCUCCAUCCCUGUCUCCGCUGUUGUUUACUGCUGACUCCUCUCUCACUGACAGUUGAUGCAAGACGCUUCUUUCAGAGCAUUUCUUUAACCGAAAAUGUGCCUUAUGGAAUAGGAUGAUAUAUAUAUAAAUAUAUAUUGUUUCUGAAUUAACCUAGGUGAUUAUGAUGACGAUAGUGCUAUAGACACAGCAAUGUAUUUGGACUUGUGAUAUUAUGUGUGCCGUCUAAAAUGCUAGAUGCCCCGCUGCAGCCAUUUGCGUGCCAAUAGGCUGAAUACUUUUCAGUAUGAUUUCUUUUAUGGUUGCAGUUUUGAUGUGUGCAUUUCCUUUGGGUGUCUGUGGUGUGUGCUUAGUAGGACCUUGGUGGAUAAGGCAACAAAAAAAAAGCCAAAAUGACUAAAUGUAUAACAGUGGCCAAUGUGAUUUGGGUUUCCCUUGAAAACGUCUGGCAUUCCCAAAUUAGUCUGAAGUCAAAAGGGUAACCUUAUGUAGAUUGAAUAUAGCGCAAAAUUGUUCCACUGUGUUAAUUGUUUUGCCCAGUGUUUCGAAGCUGUUCCACGGUGUGUACGAAAAAUGACUAUCUAUACUCGACAAAUGACCUUUCUUACUGCUGUGCAGUUAUUAUUUUUAUUUCUCGUUUGCUAUACCGUAUAAAUCUUUGUAAAACAUGUUGAAAUACUGUAUUCUAACUGUAUAAUCCUAUGCAUUGAGUCCUGGGACAAAAAAAACAAAACAAAACAAAAAAAACCCUGUUUGUGCAGUUGUCGAGACUUUUUUUCCAUUUUGAAACUUGUGAAUGUGCUUUGAUGGUAAAAGAAACUGGGUCACUCCAUUUUCAGUACAGGACCAUGAAUGGAAGCCAACGUUUUUCCCCUCCCCAUCCGCGGCAGCUCAGAAGAUUCUCGAUCGUGUACCUGAUCUGGUCGCACUGGAUGAACCUAAUUUUACAACGGUUGUGUGUGGACGGAGCAGUUACCCACAGGUUUCAUCAUACACUCCUCCGUGAAUAAACUCAGAGACAUACGCCCUCCA